AGAGAGAGAGAGAGAGAGAGAGAGAGAGAGAGAGAAAAAUUUACUUGAAUUGAGAGAGAUAGAGAGAGAGAAGGUGCGCUGUACCCAGUCAGAGACAUGCAGCCCCUCAGCUGGAUCGGUGUACUUCUCUUCCUGUUCUAUGCUUCCUCUGGGAGUGCCGACAUCAACAGGCACCGCAGACAAGUCCACGCCGGUGGCCAACCAGGUGUGUGUCGCUAUGGCAGGAGACUGGAGUGUUGCUAUGGCUGGAGAAAGAACAGCAAGGGACAGUGUGAAGCUCAGUGUGAACACGGCUGUAAGCACGGAGAGUGUGCUGGCCCCAACAAAUGCAAGUGUUACCCAGGAUACGCCGGAAAGAUGUGCAAUCAAGAUCUGAAUGAGUGUGGCUUGAAGCCCCGCCCCUGUGAGCAUCGCUGCAUGAACACCCAAGGCAGCUACAUGUGUUACUGCCUCAAUGGACACACCCUGAUGCCUGAUGGCUCCUGUACCAACUCCAGGACGUGCUCCCUGGCACACUGUCAGUAUGGCUGUGAGGAUGUACAGGGGGAGAUCCGUUGUCUCUGCCCGUCGGCGGGGCUGCAGCUAGGGCCAGACCAGAGGACCUGUGUGGAUAUUGAUGAAUGUGUAACAGGGAAGAACCUGUGCCCAUACAACCGACAGUGUGUCAACACGUUUGGCAGCUACUACUGCAAGUGUCAGAACGGCUACGACCUGACGUACGUCAAUGGCAAAUAUGACUGUGUAGACAACGAAGAGUGUGCCACCAAUACACACAGGUGCAGCCACCAUGCAGUCUGUCUGAACACUCAGGGGUCCUACAAGUGCAAGUGCAAGCAAGGCUUCCGUGGCAGUGGCUUCGAAUGCUCUGUCAAGCCCUUUUAUCAAAGCUCGUGGGACCAGGGAGAGAAUGGCAGUGCAGAUGAUCAUGCCCUAAAUGCUAUCCCAGAGUCGCCAGUGAGGCUGGACAACGAGCAGAUCAGGAACGUCAUCCCCGAGCCCCAGGUGACCGUCCCCCCUCAGACCCGCUUGCAGCCCUUCGACUAUGACGGGGAGACCUAUACGCGUGGCUCAGAGGAGGUGGGCCAGGUGGCCUUCACUGAUAUAGGGGAGGAGGAAGAUGAGGAGGCAGAUGUGGACAACCAGCUUAAUUCAAGAGGAGAUGUUUUCAUUCCAGAGGACUUUGAGUCAGUAUUUGAUUCUGCAACGGAUGUCAAAGAGAUCGAAAUAGCUCCAGGACAGGAAGAGUUCUUCAUGGACUGCAACUUCGAUCAGGGCGCGUGUGAGUGGGUGCAGGACAAGGACGAUAGAUUCGACUGGAGCGUGUCCUACCAUGAAAACGGUAUCAAGUACUACAUGGUUAUGAGUGGUCUUCUGGGGGAGAAGCUGGACCAGGCCAGGCUAAAGCUGCUCCUCAGUGACCGGGCCCAGCAGGGAGGCUUCUGCCUCACCUUCAACUACCGCGUGACGGGCAGCCAGGUGGGCACGCUGCGGGUGCUGCUGAACAACAGAGCCUACCCAGUGUGGGAGCAGAGCCACAGCCGGGGACAGGAUUGGCAGACAGAACUGCUCACUGUGGCCUGGAAGAACCAGGCCCCAGAAUCUAUAAUCUUUGAAGCUGAGCGUGGGAAUGGAGUUGGGGGAGAGAUUGGGCUGGACAACGUGGUGCUGACCUCAGGCUCCUGUCAAGAGGAAGACACUGCCAUCUUUUAAACUGUGAACUCUGAACCUGUAGAAUCAGUCCACUGUGUUAGACACAGACCUCAGAGGCAGAGCUAGCAGCAGUUUCCCCCUUUAGUCUGCUCUUUUCAGAGAGCACACACACAUCUUCCUAAUCCCAAACUAUGGGUGUAUUUGUUUGCUGUGCUGUAUGUGCAACAAGUAUUUAGAAAAAUGUGUAUUUGCAGAAUGUUUGGCAGUUCAGCCGUCCACAUAGGAAAGUGUUGCACAGCUGAGGGUUUGAGCAUCAUUGGUAUGUGCAGGGAUUUCAUCUGCAAGUUUACAAGACUGCUUUUGAACUUUUCCUUUAAUUUGAGCCACCAAGACAAAGAGUAGUGUCCACAAAUAAAUGAUCCACUAGAUAAAUACAGUUCCGUUUUCAAUAAUGUUCACAAAUGUUUUUCAUUAUAUUCAAUUAUUUUCACAUAAAUGGCAGGAUAUGCCAGGCUUAUCUACAACAACAAAAAACAUAUUGUGUUGCUUUUUCAUUUUCUAAGUGAAAGUGAAAUGUUGCAGUUAGCCGCAAUAUAUCAAAAUAAGAUACACUAAGACAUGUAACAUGUAGUCACGUGAACCAAAAUAUUAAUAUUAGAUUCAUCAAGAAGUCUUCCCUUGAAGGCUACACGUGUUUUAUGAUCAUAGUAUGUGUAUGUAACAAUGCAUAACUGCUGUAAAUUGCGCUUUCAUUUUGUAUUACAUAAAACAUGUUUUUAUAAGGGC